UGUAAGAGUUAUUUGAAACCAUCCAACUUCACCUCCUAUAUAUAGAAUUCACAACAACAAUAGCUUUCACAUGAAACUUGGGUGAGAAAAACCCGUUACACCAUUUAUCGCCAAAACUACUACGUACUACUCCUUUCUCUUCCCCCUCCCACCGGCGCCGCCGCCAACCGCCGAUAAACGACCAACCAUCAAAGUCUUAGAGCUUCAGCUAAUUGAACAAACUAAGUUUUUUUUUUUUUAACUUUUUUGUUUACUUUUCUUCUUUCCGUAUGAAUUCUACCCAAUUUGUCAUCCGCCUAACCUGUGAUUUCAUUAUGUAACGUAAAUGGACGAAACCCAUAUGCUAUAUUCUUCUUAAUUUGUUUGCCAAUUAGUCGCACAUUGGUAAACCAUAUACCUAUCAUUUGCCAUUUACGAGAAAAACCAAUUUCUUCGUGAAAAAGCUGCCUAAGUUUUGAAGUGUUUUAUCUCGUUUGAGGGUGUUUUUUUUUUCUUUGCUUUUAUAUCUGAUAAUUGGAGGAGUUUAGGUCCCUUGGUUUAAGGCCAUGGCAGGAAUCGUAAAAGAGAUCCUGGCAAGGCCAAUACAAUUGGCAGACCAGGUAACAAAGGCCGCCGAAGACGCACAAUCCUUCAAACAGGAUUGCAUGGAACUAAAGGCCAAGACUGAGAAGCUAGCAGGCCUCCUCCGCCAAGCUGCCAGAGCCAGCAACGACCUCUACGAGCGCCCGACGCGUCGGAUCAUCGACGACACUGAGCAGGUUCUCGAUAAGGCGCUCGCGCUUGUCAUCAAGUGCCGAGCAAAUGGCAUCAUGAAACGAGUCUUCACCAUCAUACCCGCCGCUGCUUUCAGAAAAACGUCCACACAGCUCGAGAAUUCCAUCGGCGACGUGUCGUGGCUUCUCCGGGUUUCAGCUUCGGCCGACGACCGAGACGAUGAGUAUCUCGGUCUGCCUCCCAUCGCGGCCAACGAGCCGAUUCUUUGCCUUAUAUGGGAACAGAUUGCUAUUCUUUAUACGGGUUCAUUGGAAGAACGGUCAGAUGCAGCUGCUUCUUUGGUUUCAUUGGCUAGGGACAACGACCGCUAUGGAAAACUCAUAAUUGAGGAAGGUGGGGUUGCACCCCUUUUGAAACUGGCCAAAGAAGGAACCAUGGAAGGACAGGAAAGUGCUGCGAGAGCGAUUGGCUUGCUUGGUCGUGACCCGGAAAGCGUCGAACACAUUGUGAAUGCUGGUGUUUGUUCGGUGUUUGCGAAAAUCCUCAAAGAAGGUCAUAUGAAAGUUCAGUCCAUGGUGGCUUGGGCGGUUUCAGAAUUGGCUGCACAUCAUCCCAAAUGCCAAGAUCACUUCGCUCAGAACAAUGUAAUUCGGCUUCUGGUUAGUCAUCUCGCAUUCGAGACAAUUCAAGAACACAGUAAGUACGCAAUUGCCAAUAAACAGAAGAUGUCCAUUCAUUCUGUUGUAAUGGCUAGUAAUAAUUCGGAAAACGAAGACGACUUGAAGCAAAAGAUUAGCAACAUGACACCACCAGGUGGGAAUCAAUUGACUAACCAAAUGCACAAUGUGGUCACCAACACUAUGGCUAUGCAGAAUGAACCUACGAGCAAGAACAAACCGCCGGCAGGGCCAAACAAUCAUCAACCUGGCAAGGGUGGUGGGCAAAGCAAUGCGAAGCAGCAGCAAGUAGUCUUUUCCGGGGCUAGCAUCAAAGGAAGGGAAUUCGAAGAUCCAAUUACCAAGGCCAAGAUGAAAGCAAUGGCUGCAAGGGCUCUUUGGCAGCUUGCCAAGGGAAAUGUCACUGUAUGCCACAGCAUAACAGAGUCGAGAGCGCUUUUAUGCUUGGCGGUUUUACUAGAAAAAGGCCCUGAGGAUGUUCAAUCCUACUCAGCAAUGGCAUUGAUGGAAAUCACAGCAGUAGCGGAGCAAAAUGCUGAUCUAAGACGCUCUGCUUUCAAGCCCACUUCCCCUGCUGCCAAAGCUGUGGUUGAGCAGUUGUUAAAGAUAAUAGAAAAGGCUGAUUCAGAACUACUCAUACCUAGUAUCAAAGCUAUAGGAAACUUGGCAAGGACUUUCAGAGCCACAGAGACAAGGCUAAUAGGGCCAUUGGUAAGGCUUCUCGACGAAAGGGAACCGGAUGUCUCUACCGAGGCUGUGAUUGCGCUUACCAAGUUCGCCAGCACCGAAAAUUUCCUUCAUGUUAAUCAUUGUAAAGCCAUUAUAGAUGGAGGAGGAACUAAGCAUCUAAUUCAACUGGUUUACUUUGGAGAACAGAUGAUUCAGAUUCCUUCAUUGAUUCUCUUGGCUUACAUUGCAUUACAUGUUCCGGAUAGCGAGGUACUUGCUCAAGAAGAGGUGCUUAUAGUUCUAGAAUGGUCAACAAAGCAGGCUCAUCUUGUUGAUGAACCGACAAUUGAAGCACUAAUACCAGAAGCCAAAAGUAGGCUGGAACUUUAUCAAUCCAGAGGUUCAAGAACUUUCUAUUGAAUUAUUUUCACGGAGUUGUACAACAUUGCUCGUGAGAUUUCCAUCAAUUUUUUUCAUUGUAAUGCUUAUUUUAACUCUUAAAAAUUGUAUAUAACUUAGCUCCUUGUGAUCGUCACUACGAGGGUAAUUUGUUUAGGAAUUUAAAGACCUUCAAUUGUCUCUCCUGCAUUUUCUAGCUACUUUUUAUACUUACAAUUUUCCUUUCUUUUUUUUUUUUUUUGGGGUUUGUUUUCUUCAUUCAAUGCUGUCGUAGUUGUAAGUCCUGCUUUUUGUGGAUUUUUUGCUGGCAUUUGUAGCUAUUGGUUUAUAUGUUGCUUGAAAAGCCUGCAGUUUGGCAUUCAUUCUUGCUCUUGGAUA